AGUCAAUGGUUUCAAAAUGGCGUUUAGGAGUGUGGUGAGGUGGAGGAACUUUCCACGGCAUUUUCAGGAAAUCUUCAAGGCCCAAACUCGACUUUCAAACACACAAGUUCAAGCUGCACCAAAAACCAAGGCAACUGCUUGGGUGACAUUGGGAGCUCUAGCCACUGGUGGCCUGGUAACUGGUUAUGUAUUGCAACCAGAUGUCAAUGCCGAAGAGCUGGAACUUCAUCCCCCUAAGUUACCAUGGAACCACAGAGGGUUAUUAAGUUCUUUAGAUCAUGAUGSCAUCCGACGAGGCUUUCAGGUCUACAGACAAGUAUGUGCAGCAUGUCACAGUUUAAACAGAAUAGCCUUCCGUCACUUAGUGGGUGUUUGUUACACUGAGGAAGAAAUGAAAGCAAUAGCUGCAGAGUAUGAUAUAGAAGAUGGCCCUGAUGAUGAAGGCAACAUGUUUACAAGACCUGGAAAGCUUUCAGAUGUAAUCCCAGAUCCGUACAAGAAUGAAGAGGCAGCCAGAGCAGCUAAUGCUGGUGCCUUGCCUCCAGAUCUUAGUUUAAUCAAUCUUGCAAGACAUGGAAAUGAGGAUUACAUUUUCUCAAUAUUGACUGGUUAUUGUGAUCCUCCUGCUGGAGUAGAGAUCAAGGAAGACCUGUAYUUCAAUGCUUACUUCCCUGGACAAGCUAUAGCAAUGGCACAGGCCUUGUACAAUGAUAUCAUUGAGUAUGAAGAUGGUACCCCGGCAUCUGUAACUCAGCUAGCUAAAGAUGUGUGCACAUUCCUUAAGUGGACAGCAGAACCUGACCAUGAUGAUCGCAAGAGAAUGGGAAUGAAGGCUAUCAUUAUCCUGUCUCUGGUCAUGGUAGCAUCUUAUUACUACAAGCGCCACAAGUGGACUGUCCUUAAAAGCCGUAAAAUAGCCUAUCGUCCUUCACCUCACUCCUAAUGUCGUGUUUAUAUAAUUAUGAUCCUAUUCUGCUCUAAAUCAUUCAUAGAGCCUGGCUUUCUUUUCAAAAGCAGUCCUUUUCUGCGAUGUUAGUGUGCAGAGUGAAGGGUGCAAAAUCUCUGUUGACCAGAAUUUUUAAGAUCUUGUAAAUGGRUUUGUAACCUUAUCAUGUAUGUUUUAAUCAUGAAUGAACAGAUGUUGUCAUAUUAAAUAAAAGAUUAAGUUUA